GCGGGGCGAGCGGGCGCAAGCGGCGGGCGGCGUCGGCGGCUGUGCCUGGACCGGCGGGGCUGCGCUGAACCCCGCUUUCCCCAGCGAACUACCACUGCGCUUGCCCGCGUCCCGGGAGCUCCCGGGCCCGUCCGUGUGCUCCCAGACAGCUCCGGCCGCUGCGCUCCUGGCCCGCGAGGCGCGGCACUGUCUCGGCUGCCCACCGGGAGGUAAGAGGGCCGGCCCGGCGCGCCAGGGCUGCGCUGACAGCCCGAGCCUCAGAGAGAAGAGGAAAACCGGGGUCCGGCGCCUCCACGCGUCACAGGGAAAACGGUACCGUCAUUGGCUUCUGUUUGUCUGUCCACUCUGUGCUGUGCAGUUCGUCUGUCUGUCUGUCCACAAGUCUGUUGAUGGGCACACGCCCCUGUCACUGUCCCCUGUGAGAUUUCUCUGAGAACGUGUGUCCCUUUGCAAGCGGCAGGUGCCGGGGGGCGCCGGUGUGCCCGGAGCGCAUGCGGCGGGGGGCAGAUCGCUGCUUUCCGUAGAGUCCUCCCGUCUGAAUGGCUCAGGGGUCUUGCACCCAGGACGGUGUCUCUCCGAGGAGGGACUGCUCCGAGGGUCGGGUCCCGGAGUCCAGUCGACAGGGAGCCGGCUCACGCUGUGCACUAGUGGGCGUGCGCCUAGCAACAGGUCUGCGCCCAGCUGCUCGGUCCUCAGCGCGGUCCGCCUUCUGGUUUUCCCCUCCGCCUCCCGCUGUCACCUCGCUCGCGCGCUCCCGGACAGCGCUAGGCACCCAGCGUGGCGCUGGCACGGGACCGGGUGGAGGCAACAGAGUGUUAGAUGACAUGGGGGCCCCUGCUGAUGUUCAGACUGAGAUUCCAGACGUGGCAUCGCUGGAAGAGGGUUUGGUGAUCCCUGGCAAGGGCCGUCUGCUCCAGGAAGGGUCAAAUUAGGUUGGGAGGAAAGGCAGGGACCUGGCGGAGCGCAGGCCAGGGCCCAGGCCAGGUCUCCAGCUCGCCAGAGACUUUCUGGAACGGCCCCGGCGGGACGCAUGUGCUGCUGAGGAAGGAGAUCAGGGAGUCCGAGGUCCUGGCCACAGACUCACCCUCGGCGCCCACCGCCGUUCCGCGAGGGUCCAACACGCCGGCCGUCCCGGGCGCGCCUCCAGCAACCUGGUUUGAGGUCCCGAGUCCUGCUCCGUGCAGCCAACGCUGCCCACAGGGACUCCAUCUCCACUUUAUUUUCAUGUUCGAGAACUCAUUGGUGGAACUGAGGAAGGUGCUGAAGCUGACCGCAAUGCCAAAAAAAACAAAACAAAACAAAAAAAGAAAACCUUAUCCAAAGAUAAAUGGAAGAAUCUUUGUGUGAGAUGAAUCAGUCGUGUGUUUUUUCCCACCCCUGCCACUUGGAGGAAAGAUGAAAUCAGAAGUAAUCUUGGCCCCCUCCGUCUGAAAGGAGAGGAGCUCAAGGAUGCCGUCUGCAGAUGCUGGGAGUCUGUCUGCGACUUUCGUCUACCCGGUGAUGUGAACGGAGCAGGGGGACCUGGCUGACCUUGACGUCUUGGCGUUCUGCUCGGGACUCCCGUGCAGGUUCUGGUUCCAGCACACACGGCUUUCUGGUGACAAGCCCAGGACCCCAGUCGGCUGUGGCCGGGACGGCCUGAGGGAGGAUCCAAGACCAUGGGCUGGUGUGCGAUGGUGGGCAGCCUCGCUCCUUCCUGCUUCUGCUCCAGCCUCCCCUUGUCCCCGCGAGGCCUGGCAGACUCAAGGACGAGCAGCCGCUGGCCCCGGGGAUGCUGAGCUUCUGGACCACUUGCUUGUUAUCGCAAAGACGCGUGGAACAUCCCAAAGUGCAGGCCUUAGAAAAAGCAUGCCACGCUCUCCUCCCACACGGGUCUGCUGAGGGCUCCCCGCACCCUUGAAGGAGCAGCCCACUCGGGCCGUCAGCACCCAGCAUGGCCAGUGGUCAGCAUCCCUGUCAACAGCCUCCCCGGAGACUUGCAGCACCGCCAGCCAGUGCGCCCUCCCAGGCCCUCGACAGCAGGGAGCCAACUCGAGUCAGGAUCUUGUCAGCAGGCAGGCCGAGUCCCAUCUCCCAUCUCCACAAGGCUCUUCGUGGCCGACUGGGGAAGCUGCCCUCCCUUGGCGAGAAGUCCCCAGUGAAGUUUGAGACCCUUUUGGGAUUCCCCUCAACAGAAGGUUUCCAGGGUUUCUGUGCUUGGGCACUGGAAGCUGCCCACGGGCGAGACCGCAUGGGGGAACAGCCCCAGUGAUGUGGCACUCGCUUCUACGGCCGGAGGGCUCUCUGCUGCCCAUGGCUCGGACAUGGCAUGCUCUGAGACAGCACGAGACCUCUUUAACGUUAGGAACGAGAGGUUUCGAGCGCUGUUCCUUCCAGUGGAAUUGUUUUUACGUCUGUCCAGAAGGUACUUUUUUUCUGUCUUUGGAAUGACCAGUGAUGUACUCAGAAGCAUUCAGAGCUGCAGUGUCCCCACGUGCCAGCCUCCCACGGUGCACACUGGGAGUCGAGGCCCACGAAGGAGAUGCCUUGACGGGGGUCACCGGACCCAGACUGUCCUCUGCACCCUGUCACCUCCAGCCUCAGCAUCUGUCACAUGACUUUACCAGGCAAAGAUGCUGGCUUGUGGCCCAAAAGUCCAGCUUCCCUUACGAGGAGCCCCACGGCCGUUCGGGGCUUCUCGGCAGCAGGCAGCAAACUGUGUUUGGCUUUUCUAAACAGAUUGAGACUUGAGAGCAGGGCCCUGGCCUUCCCCUGAGGACCACGGGACACUCCUGUCCCUGGCGUGCCCUCGUUUCCACUGCAAAGAGCGUGAAAGCCGACACUUCUCUCUCUGGGCCGUGGGAAAGGCGCCGUUCCAGGCGCUGUGAUGCUCGACUGCAGCAAUCGGCCAAAGCUGCUAGAAUGGGCCCCGUUGUUCUCUGCGGAUCAGGCCGGGCCAGGCUGGGUGCCCCAUGAGAGGACCCCGCUGGCCUCAAUUCUAAGAGUAUCGUUUCCUCCCCUGGCCGGCCCGGCACACCUGGGCGUGGGGACCAGGUGGAAGCCCGGUUGCUCCCAUGCAGCCCCCUCGCCUGCCCGGCUCCUUGGGCUCCUACAAAGCCCUUCACCCGAGCUGGAAGGGAGCGCUGCCAGGAUGGGAGCUGCCCACGGCUGGCAGGACUUCUGCUUCAAGGCGAUGCUGACCCUCAGCGGGCUCCUCCUGGCCCACUUCCCUGGGGCCGUCUCCACAGUGGCAUCUGAGUGUCCUGACCGGGACCCCAAGCUGCAGCCCUGGAGCCCCGGCCACAACCAGGACCACCGUGUGCACAUUGGCCGGGGCAGAACACUGCUGCUCACCUCUUCUGCCACGGUCCACUCCAUCCACAUCACAGACGGAGGAAAGCUGGUCAUUAAAGACCACGACAAGGCAAUUGUUUUGCGCACCCGGCACAUCUUGAUUGACAACGGAGGAGAGCUGCAUGCUGGGAGUGCCCUCUGCCCUUUCCAGGGCAAUUUUAGCAUCGUUUUGUACGGAAGGGCUGACGAAGGUCUCCCACCGGACCCUUACUACAGCCUGAAGUACAUCGGGGUCGGCAGAGGAGGCACCCUCGAGCUGCACGGACAGAAGAAGCUCUCCUGGACAUUUCUGAACAAGACCCUGCACCCGGGCGGAAUGGAGGAGGGCGGCUACUUUUUUGAAAGGAGCUGGGGUCACCGUGGCGUCAUCGUUCAUGUCAUUGACCCCAAAUCAGGGGCCGUCAUACAUUCUGACCGGUUCGACACCUACAGCUCCAAGAAGGAGAGCGAGCGCCUGGUCCAGUCCUUGAAUGCCGUGCCUGACGGCAGGAUCCUGUCCAUUGCCGUGAACGAUGAGGGAUCUCGAAACCUGGAUGACGUGGCCCGGAAGGCGAUGACCAGACUGGGCAGCAAGCACUUCCUACACCUUGGGUUCAGACACCCGUGGAGUUUUAUAACUGUGAAAGGAAGCCCCUCUUCUUCCGUCGAAGACCACAUUGAAUAUCAGGGACACCGCGGCUCCGCGGCGGCCCGGGUGUUCAAAUUGUUCCGGUCGGAGCACGGCGAGCAUUUCAACGUCUCUUCCUCCAGCGAGUGGGUUCAAGAUGUGGAGUGGACGGAGUGGUUCGAACAUGACAAAGUGUCGCAGACUAAAGGUGGGGAAAAAAUUUCAGACCUGCGGGCAGCUCACCCAGGAAAGAUCUGCAAUCGUCCCAUUGAUAUACAGGCCACGACGGCGGACGGAGUGAACCUCACCGCCGAGGUUGUCUACAAAAGAGGCCAGGAUUAUAGGUUUGCGUGCUACGACCGGGGCCGACCCUGCCAGGGCUACCGGGUGCGCUUCCUCUGCGGGAAGCCUGUGAGGCCCAAGCUCACCGUCACCGUCGACACCAACGUCAACAGCACCAUCCUGAACCUGGAAGACGACGUGCGGUCGUGGAAGCCUGGAGACACCCUGGUCGUCGCCAGUACCGAUUACUCCAUGUACCAGGCAGAAGAGUUCCAGGUGCUCCCCUGCAAGGCCUGCGCCCCCAACCAGGUCAGAGUAGCAGGGAAGCCAGUGUACCUGCACAUCGGGGGGGAGGUGGACGGCGUGGACAUGCGGGCCGAGGUCGGGCUCCUGAGCCGCAACAUCGUGAUCAUGGGGGAGAUGGAAGAUGAGUGCUACCCCUACACCAACCACAUCUGCAACUUCUUCAACUUUGAUACCUUUGGGGGCCACAUCAAGUUCGCGCUGGGGUUCAAGGCGGCCCACCUGGAGGGCGUCGAGCUGAAGCACAUGGGCCAGCAGCUGAUGGGCCAGUACCCGAUCCACUUCCACCUGGCAGGAGACGUGGACGAGAGGGGAGGCUACGACCCACCCACGUACGUCAGGGACCUGUCCAUCCACCACACGUUCUCUCGCUGUGUCACUGUCCAUGGCUCCAACGGCUUGUUGGUCAAGGACGUUGUGGGAUAUAACUCUUUGGGCCACUGCUUCUUCACGGAAGAUGGGCCGGAGGAACGCAACACCUUUGACCACUGCCUUGGCCUCCUUGUCAAGGCUGGAACCCUCCUCCCCUCAGACCGCGACAGCAAGAUGUGCAAGACGAUCACAGAAGACUCCUACCCGGGGUACAUCCCCAAGCCCAGGCAGGACUGCAACGCUGUGUCCACCUUCUGGAUGGCCAACCCCAACAACAACCUCAUAAACUGUGCUGCUGCAGGGUCCGAGGAAACCGGGUUUUGGUUCAUCUUUCACCACGUCCCGACGGGCCCCUCGGAGGGGAUGUACUCGCCCGGCUACUCAGAGCACAUUCCACUGGGAAGAUUUCACAACAACCGGGCACAUUCCAACUACCGGGCUGGCAUGAUCAUAGACAACGGGGUGAAAACCACAGAGGCCUCUGCGAAGGACAAGCGGCCCUUCCUCUCCAUCAUCUCUGCCAGAUACAGCCCUCACCAGGAUGCCGACCCGCUGAAACCUCGGGAGCCCGCCAUCAUCAAGCACUUCACUGCCUACAAGAACCAGGACCACGGGGCCUGGCUGCGCGGCGGGGACGUGUGGCUGGACAGCUGCCGGUUUGCUGACAAUGGCAUCGGCCUGACCCUGGCCAGUGGUGGAACCUUCCCGUACGACGACGGCUCCAAGCAGGAGAUAAAGAACAGCCUGUUUGUUGGUGAGAGUGGCAACGUGGGGACAGAGAUGAUGGACAACAGGAUCUGGGGCCCAGGCGGCUUGGACCACAGUGGAAGGACCCUUCCCAUAGGCCAGAAUUUUCCAAUCCGAGGAAUCCAGUUCUACGACGGUCCCAUCAACAUCCAGAACUGCACGUUCCGCAAGUUCGCGGCCCUGGAGGGCCGGCACACCAGCGCCCUGGCCUUCCGCCUGAACAACGCCUGGCAGAGCUGCCCCCACAACAACGUGACCGGCAUUGCCUUUGAGGACGUCCCGAUUACUUCCAGAGUGUUCUUCGGGGAGCCUGGGCCCUGGUUCAACCAGCUGGACAUGGACGGGGACAAGACGUCGGUGUUCCAUGAUGUCGACGGCUCCGUGUCUGAGUACCCGGGCUCCUACCUCACCAAGGAUGACAACUGGCUGGUCCGGCACCCAGACUGCAUCGACGUCCCGGACUGGAGAGGGGCCAUCUGCAGUGGGCGCUACGCACAGAUGUACAUUCAGGCCUACAAGACCAGCAACCUGCGAAUGAAGAUUAUCAAGAACGACUUCCCCAGCCACCCUCUCUACCUGGAGGGCGCCCUGACCAGGAGCACCCACUACCAGCAGUACCAGCCGGUCGUCACUCUGCAGAAGGGCUACACCAUCCACUGGGACCAGACAGCCCCCGCCGAGCUCACCAUCUGGCUCAUCAACUUCAACAAGGGCGACUGGAUCCGGGUGGGGCUCUGCUACCCCCAGGGCACCACCUUCUCCAUCCUCUCGGAUGUUCACAAUCGCCUGCUGAAGCAGACGACGAAGACGGGCACCUUCUCGAGGACUUUGCAGAUGGACAAAGUGGAGCAGAGCCAUCCCGGCAAGAGCUACUACUACUGGGACGAGGACUCAGGGCUGCUGUUCCUGAAGCUGAAGGCUCAGAAUGAGAGAGAGAAGUUCGCCUUCUGCUCUGUGAAAGGCUGUGAGAGAAUAAAGAUAAAAGCUGCGAUCCCCAAGAACGCGGGCGUCAGCGACUGCACGGCCACCGCCUACCCCAGGUUCGCCGAGAGGGCCGUGGUGGACGUGCCGAUGCCCAAGAAGCUCUUUGGGGCUCAGCUGAAGACGAAGGACCACUUCCUGGAGGUGAAGAUGGAGAGCUCCGAGCAGCCCUUCUUCCACCUGCUGAGCAACUUCGCCUACAUUGAAGUGGAUGGGAAGCGGUACCCCAGCUCAGAAGAUGGCAUCCAGGUGGUGGUGAUUGACGGGAGCCAAGGGCGUGUGGUGAGCCAUGCCAGCUUCAGGAACGCCAUUCUCCAGGGUGUCCCCUGGCAGGUCUUCAAUUAUGUGGCAGCCAUCCCUGACAACUCCAUAGUUCUCAUGGCGUCCAAGGGAAGAUACAUCUCGAGGGGCCCGUGGACCAGAGUGCUGGAGAAGCUCGGGGCAGACGAGGGCCUCAGGCUGAGAGAGAAAAUGGCAUUCAUCGGCUUCAAAGGCAGCUUCCGGCCCACCUGGGUGACUCUGGACACUGAGGACCACAAGGCCAAAAUCUUCCAAGUUGUGCCCAUCCCCGUGGUGAGAAAGAAGAAGCUGUAAGCGGCUGCCUCCUUGGUGCCCCCAUGGGGGACCGUGACGGUGGACUCUGGCAGCAGACUAGGGAGGGCAACGGCUGGUUCCCCCUGCCCCAUCCAGCAGCUGCUGGAAGGGCCACGUGUCAGCCCUGAUGGGCCCUGCCGGAGACCCUACUGCUGCCACCUGCCCUACUCAAGCGUCUACCUGCAGCCCCGGGACAGUGUUGGCCAAUGCCGGAACCUCUUUCCUGCAGCCUCUUGGGUGCUGCUCUCCAAUCUGUGCCUCUUCAGUGGGUGUGUGGGGACCACGAGGAGACCUGGGCUGGCAGCAAGGUCCACUUUGGCAGGAGUCCUGCCCUGGUUGGGAGGCAGCCCAGGGGCCAGGUCAUUCACAGACCCCCUGCUCUCCAACACGCACCUUAUGGCGGUAGAUGUAGGACAAAGAGCCCCAGCCGCAAGGAGUCUUUGUUCCUGUCUGUAAGCAAGAGCCCACUGCCACAGGACCAGGGGCUGCUGUGCAGGCAGAGCUGCCAGGCUGGAACCGUCUGCCCCUGGGGACGGUGAGCCCUGCCCUGGUGGGGUCAGCCUCUCAGGAGAUGUCAUGUAGGUAGAGCCGUCGGCCCCUGGGGACAGCAAGCCCUGCCCUGGCAGGGUCAGCCUCUCAAGGGACAUCAGGUCCCAGGUGGGAGUUGGACCAGCCAACUUUUAAAGGCCUCUCAGUUCUGAGAUUCCUGGAGGCUGUGGCUUUUCCCAUCAAACCUGGAACCCAGCAGUGGGUGAGGACAUCCUUCUCAGCCAACAUCCGUGAUGCUGGCACCCCGGGGGGGCCUACAGGAUGGAGGGUGAGAAGUAAUGCCUAGGGUGAGGAGCUGGCAAUCUGAGAGGACAGCAGGCAGGUGUACGUGCCGUCUGAUGCUGAGCAGAGAGCAUGAAGAGAGGCCAGAUGGGGACCAAUGACAGUUGAGGAGGGGAAGGUUUUCCCGUGCAUGGGUGGGCCAGGAGGGCGACGGGGCUGGCAGGAAAAGUGGGCAGAGACGGCGCAGCCACUGGAGCGGUUCGGGGUUGAGCCCUUCCUCCCAGCUGCUGAGGCCGAGUGGCUGCAAGGUCACCCUCUGCCCUUGAUUUGCUGACUCUCAGAAGGGAGCAGCAGAGACGGUACAUCAGGAGACCCACUCCCAGACCACUGGGGAAUCUGGUCCCCAGCCAACCCCAGCUGACUCCAGGGGAGGGCGGAGCCAAGUUGAGGGAAGCGAGCUACUACUUUGGGGCCUCAUUUGGCUGUUCCUCAGGGACCAGGGAGCACUCUGGGGGACCCGAGAACAUGCUCAUACUUUGGUGAGCCUAGGGUUUCAGAGCUGAAAAGGACCUUAGGAACUAUCUAGUGCAAAGCCUUCCUUUCACAGAGGGGGCACAUGAGACCCUGAGAUGGGGAAGAACCACACGGCCACGGCAGGGCCAGGAUGGGAGCCCCACUCCCAGCACUUGCUGCCACACCACACUGCCUCAACCGCCCGCCCAGGGCGUCCGGGUGCUCCUGAGGGAGCUUCCCGAAACGGGAGCAAGUCUCCUGGCAGGGAAAAGUGAUCAGAAUAGAAAGAGAAUUGGCCGAUGACUGUUUCCCGCCCGGGCCUCUGCACACAGGGCUCUCUCCCCUGGGCCGUGGCCGCCCUGCAGCCUCUGCCUUGUCCACACUACCUGCCACCCCGUGGCGCACAGCGGCUGCAAUCACUGGUGCUAUCCGUCUGAGGUCUGCAGGUGCGGCCCCGGGCAGCAUCAGCAUGCUGGAGCAUUUCCAGUGAGCCAACCAGGCCACUCUUGGGCUGCCCCAGGCCCUCGCAGCUCCUGCCAACGACCCUGCUCUCCCUGCCCCCCGGGACAGAGCAGAGGGGCUCCCAGGAGGAGGAGACUCGCCCUGCAGUUGAUCCCGCCUCGUGAGGUGCCAGAGUCGCCCUGGGUCUCGUGAGGAACAACAUGUCCCCUUUCCUGUCCCCACCACAGACUCCUCCCUUCUGGGGGCUUCCUUCGCUCCCUCUGUCCAGCUGCACCCAUGAGACGUGGCCAGCGAGUCCGCUCCAGGCUGGACCAACUGCAGAGAGGAAUCCCCACCAAACAGGCCUGUCAGCUGCUUGGAGGUGAGGGGCUCUGCCUCUUGAGAUACGGCUGCUUCGAGGCCCUGAGCCCAGGAAGGACUCUUCCAGGCAGAUCAGGGAGGAGGCGAUGGGGAGGAGAGUUAAAAUGACCUCAUGUUCUUGUCUAAGUUCUGUUGAGUUUUCCAAACUCUUCCAACGCGAGGGUCUCACACUGUGAACCACUGAGGAUGUGAUCACUUCAAGUGGCUGGGAAUGUCGACUGUCUUUGGUUCCUUCAUUUCAAAAAGUAUCUAUUUGAAAAUCCUCAGAGUUGUGCGUAUGUCUGACAGUGCAGGAUCUGUGCAUAAAACUUUCUUUUCUAUGCGAUUCGCCAAGAGCCCGUGUCCAGGCACGCUCUUGGUAGCACACAUUUUUUUCCUUGCUUAGAAAAUUGUUCUCGUCAUUCUUUCUGUCUGUGAGCACUAAAAUGAGUUAGGCCUUCAAGGAAGACAGCACUCCCCUGAAAUGCCUGUCUUUUUCCUGUUGCCGAAAUAGCUGGUCCUUUUUCGGGAAUUAGAUGUAUGGUGUGUUGUAUGUAAACAUUUCAUGUAGGUGUCACCAUGGACAAAGAUGUAUUUUCUAUUUAUUUAUUAUAUAUGCACUUGGAGAAGUCAUCGUCAGAGAAAUGGAGCAUUGUCUCAAUGUCAUGUCUGGGGAUGUCCUUUGGGUCACGUGAAGGCAUCUGCCCUGAGGCUGCUGCCUGUGGCGGGGAUAACUGGCUCUGAUCUGGAAAAUCUUGCCGUAUCAUAGUAAACAUACAAAGAAUGUCCUCAU